UUCUCCGUCUGAAAGAGGAAGUGGAGACAAUAGAGUCAGGAGUUCAAGUCACGAGGCCCACUCCUGCUUAAGAACACCAUGAAUGCAGGAGCCUUGUGGGGAGCUCAACAGUUGGCUAUUGGAGAGAAGGGAGCCGUGGCACUGAGAGACUGCCAGGCCAGGCAUGGCCCUGAGCCCAGAGGCUAGUCUGGUCCUCUGUGAAAGCUCAAAGACGACACCUGGUCUCAGCUUCACCGAGGCCCCAGAUUUCGGCUCCAGCACCAUCUCUGGGCCCCACCUGGACAUGAACCUUGUUCCCCUUAUAAACCCAGCCCUGAAUCCUGGCUCAGUUCUUGUUCCAGACCUUAAUCCAACUCUGAGUCCUGUCUCAGAGGAGGCCCCUGGCCUGGCAUCUGGUAACACCCCCAGCCCUGAUGACGGCCAGACUGUGGGCCCUGCCUCCCUCCAGAUCAACACUCCCCACUCCGGUGAAGCCUUGAGCCUGAGUUCAAAUCACAUCUUGAAGCCUAACUUGCAGAGGGCCCUAGGUCCAGCCUCAAACUUUGUUCUGAGCCCCAGCUCUACUGAGGCCCAGGGUCUGGGUUCAGGGAGUCAUUCUGGGCCUGAUGCUGAGGAGGCUUUCAACUCACUCUCAGGCAAGAUUGCUGAUUUGGGUCAGAGUAACUCCAACCCUUCCAGGUCUGAGGCAAAUCCAUUUAUAAGGCCCUAUUCAAGAGAAGCCCUGGUUGUGGGCCAGUGCGUCUCCAGGCCAGGCUCGAAAGUACUCCUUAUUCCAGCCUCAAAUUCUUCUCUGGACCGGGAUUCCAGCCAGAUACUUGGUGUGGGCUCAAGAAACACCUCCAAGCUGGACCUACAUGCAGCUUCAGGUUCUGUUGGGACUCUGAUCCCAGAUACCAAUGAGACCAUCACUGUGGUUUCACAUAAGAUCUCCAGGUCUGUCUCAAAAGGAGCCUUUGGUGCAGCCUGGAACACGAGUUCCAAGGGAACCAUCAAUGUGGCUUCCAAUGGUAAUCCCAGGUCUGACUUGAACAUGACCAUCACUCAGGCCUCAUGCUUGACCCUAAUUCCUGGCUCCAGUGACAGUAUCAGCCUGCACUCUAGUACCCAUAGACCCAAUUCCACCCUUUCUCCACCCUCAUGCAUGACCCUGAUCUUGGCCUCCAAUGAGACUCUCAGUCUUGGCUCCAGCCUUAUCUUCAGUGACACCUCCACCCUGACACUGAGCAGCCAGCAGGAUUAUUCUGAGGACAACAGCAUCCAUGCCAUACCCUUGGAUGGGAAUCUGGAGAGUUGGGGCGAGAUGGUCAGCCCUGAGACGGGCCAGUUCCCGCUGGGGUUCCCCACCUGUAACACCACAGACAAGGACACCACAGCCUUCCAAAGCAUCCCAGAGGGAGCCUUCGAUGAAGUGGCCUCCUGUUUGGUGAAGGUGCCAGGGAAGAGAGACAAAGACAGCAAGAUGGCUCUGGUGGAGAAUGUCAUCACCCUCCAGAAGUGCCAGGAUGUGCUAGAAGGAGAAGGAGAGAAGAAGACCAUGAUGAAAAAGAUGAUGAGGCAGAUCCAGGAAGAGCCACUGGAUUCCCUCUCCAGCACCGUCCGCUGGCAGGCCAUGGAGACCCUGACUCAGCUGAGUCACACCCAGCCCAUCCUGGGAUGGCAAGAACGGUCAGAGCUGGUGGACACGUGUGUGAAGAGUGUGUUCUCCCUUCCAUCGGUGCAGGCCAUGCAGGAGAAGGACGAGGCCAAGGCUGAGGCCAUACAGAAGCUUUACCAGCAGACCCUGGAUGCCCUGCAGACCCUGCUCAACGCCCUCUUUGUUGAGGACCCCACUCCUGCUGGGCUGAAGAGCAUCUUGGAGCCCCUGGGGCCCUGGAUGAACUCCGGGAAGGCCCAUGAGCGAGCACGGGCCGUGAACAGCAAUGUGUCUGUGUUGAAUCACACGCUUCUGACCCUGCCUUUCUUUAUGUCCUCGGGGUUCCCGGCGCUGGGGCUUCUGCUGGGGAGGCUCAUCCUUCGCAUCGGGGAUCCUGAUGAGGAGAUUGGCCGGGAGGCUCUGGACGGCAUCAUCAUCCUCUACACCAUCCUGGAGCUCCAAAAACGAACCAGAGAUAAGGAAGAGACCAAUAAGGAGGAGCUGUAUGAGAGCAACAAGCGAUUCCUGGGGCCCUACAACCCUGUCAGCCCAUGCCAGAACAUUCUGCGUGUGAUCGCGGAAUUCGGAGACUUCCUGGGACCCCAGCAGGUAAAGGACCUGUUGCUCGCAGCCCUGGAAGGCUUGAAAGGCAGCUCAGAGACCCGGGGGAAGGACUCUGGGGAGAUGAUGCAGCUGGCCUCGGAGGUCACGCUCAGCUCCGUGCUGGAAUGGUACCGCCACAGGGUGCUGGAGGUGAUCCCAGAAAUCAUGCAGGGCAUCUAUGUGCAGCUGAGCCACAUCCAGGAGCCACGGGCCCGCGAGGUGGCCCUGCUGCCCGUCUCCCUCCUGGCCAGCUCCUUCAUGACCGAGGUGGUUGUGGCCCUGCUCACAUGCCCUCUACCGCUGGACAGCAAUGGUGCAGAGAUGUGGAGGCAGCUGAUACUGCGCAAGCCCAGCUGUGAUGUCCGAGAUCUCCUGGACCUACUCCUGACCAGUCUGAAGGAGAAACCCUUCACCAAGAAGGGCCGGGCCUCCAUCGUGCCCCUAGCGGCAGCCAGCGGCCUGUGUGAGCUCCUGUCGGUCAACAGCUGCGUGGGCCGCGUGAGGCGCAUCUACCCCCAGCUUCUCAUGGCCCUGCUCAUUCAGGUCCAUUAUCACAUUGGCCUCAACCUGCCAGGCCACAUGGCUUUCCGCAAGGAUACCAAGAAGGACACUCAGCCUUCUGUCUUCGUCCCCGUGCGCUGGGUGGUCAAAGUGGUGAAAACCCUGCUGCUGAGGAUGGGCUGUUCGUAUGAGGCUACCUUUCUGGAGGACCAGGGCGGCUGGGAGCUCAUGGGGCAGGCGGAGAACCACCACCGAGGAGUGUCCCUGCUGGCAAGGGCCAUGGUGCACUACUCCUGCCAGGAGCUAUGCCGCAUACUGUACCUGCUCAUCCCACUCCUGGAGAGAGGCGACGAAAAGCACAAGAUCACUGCCACCGCCUUCUUUGUGGAGCUCCUUCAGAUGGAGCAGGUGCGGCGGAUCCCAGAGGAGUACUCUCUGGGGCGGAUGGCAGAAGGCCUGAACCACCAGGACCCCAUCAUGAAGGUGCUGUGCAUCCGAGGCCUGGUCAUCUUGGCCCGCAGGACUGAGAAGACUGCCAAGGUACAGGCCCUCCUGCCCUCCAUGGUGAAGGGGCUGAAGAGCAUGGAUGGGCUGCUGGUGAUGGAGGCCGCCCACAACCUCAAGACCAUCUUGAAGGGGCAGGACCGGAAGCUGACGGACAGCUCCGUCUAUGUGGAGAUGCUGCAGAUCCUGCUGCCACACUUCAGCGAUUCACGAGAGGACGUGCGCUCCUCCUGCAUCAACCUGUACGGCAAGGUGGUCCAGAAGCUGCGGUCGCCCCGCACCCCAGCUGUGGAGGAGCAGCUGACCAGCACCUUGGUGCCCUUGCUGCUGACCAUGCAAGAGGGCAACGCCAAGGUGAGCCAGAAAUGUAUGAAGACCCUGUUCCACUGUUCUUGCUUCAUGGCAUGGGAAUUGCCGAAAAGAGCUUAUGGCCAGAAGUCCUGGGACAACCAGCAGCAGACGGUGGCCAAGAUAUGCAAGUACCUUGUGACUACCCACCAGGACAGCGCCUUCACAUUCCUCAGGCAGAGCCUGGAGUAUGCCAAGAGUUCCCGGGCCUCCCUCCGGAAGUACUCAGUCAUGUUCAUAGGGUCCCUGGUCCCUUUCAUGGAGAGCAUAAUGACAGAAGACCGUCUGAACGAAGUGAAAGCAGCUCUGGAAGACCUGAGACACGACCCAGAAGCAUUGGUGUGCAUCUACGCAGCCCAGGCCCAGGACCACAUCCUGGCCAGCUGCUGGAGGAACUCCUGGCCACUGCCGCACGGGGACUCGUGGGUUUGCGACCCGGUCACCCCGGUCACCACGCACCGCUGGAGCCCUAGCUGUGAGAACCUGCCCACUUCCCACCAGCGGCGCUCCUGGAUCAUGCAGCUGCUGGGCUCCUGGAAGAUGUCCUUGAAGCAGUGA